GGUAUCGUAGCCAUAACCAAAUAUCAAAUAAGCAACUUAUAAACCAAAUAAUAUUAAUUAAUAAGUUCAUUCAAAAUAAAUUUAUGGUGAAUUUAAUUAUUCGAUAUCAUGUGUAAUUCUAUCAUAGUUUUAAAUAUACUUCCAAACAUUUAUUUUCUAAAAGAAAAUACUUGACUAAUGCAGUACAAAUAUGACAUUUAUCAUUUAUCGAGGUUAGGUAGUUCAGUGCUUCUAGCUGGGGUUUUGUUUAAAAAAUCGUUGUUUUGCAAUUCGAUAAAUAUUUAUAAUUAAAAUCUUAAAUUAAGUAUUGUAAACCAAUUUAAAAAUCAAAAUUAGCUCGUCAAUAAUAACAUGCCCGCUUUUUUCAUUUUCGAGCCUAGCUGAUUUCUGAUUGUUUACUUCAUUUUAUUAUAUUUGUUAAUAAAAUCGUAAAUUGUAUAUUAAAACUAUUGUAAAAGAGUUAUGAACGGGACUACAAUGGAUCGACAUGGACAUGGUCAGGCUAAUCCUAAACUUCCCAGGAAUUACAAGUUGAUAGUAGACCCGUUUUUGGUAAAAGGGGCUGCUAAACUUUAUAGGUAUGACGGAGUGGUACCGAAUGAUACUUCGUGUCCUCCUGUUGUACCUAGAGAUCCUAGAUCUCAUUUGACUAGAAUAUGGACCAGAUUGGAAACCCUGGACUUACCAGUACCUAGAUUCAGAAUCGAUAUAAACUAUAUUGGUGAACCACCCUCAAUCGAAGUUACUAUCUUCCAUCUAAACGACAACAUUGACAAGCUAUUUUUAAGAGAUAUGCUUCAAAAAUUCGGCCCAAUCGAAGAACUAUUUAUUUACUAUCACCCAAAUACCAACAGGCAUUUAGGAAUUGGCCGAGUCAUAUUUGAAACUGUCGCGAGCGCUAAGGCUUGCGUCGAGAAACUGAAUAAAACCAGUGUUAUGGGCAAGAUGCUCGACGUCUUUUUAGAUCCUUUUGGGGAAAAGUGUAAACUCAAAUUUGAAGAAUUCACAAUUGAAAAGAAAGCACCUGCUCUGCUCCCGCCGUCAAUUGAAACAUCUCCAAAAAUGGAAGAGAAACCAAAAGCUGAAGCUGAUAAACCUUAUGACCCUGCUGAUGAAGAUUUUGACGAACCGGAACGUCUGAAAAAAGAAAAAGAGAAAGAAAUCGAAAAGAAAUUAAUUAUAGAAAGAGAAAACGAUAGAAUUAUUAGAGAUAGAGAAAGAGAUGCCAGAGAAAAGGAUAGUAGGUAUGGAGCAAGGAGCUAUAGGAGUAAUGAGUUUGCCACUCCUAGUAGUACUGAUAUGGGAUAUACAACUGCACCUAGUGAAUUUUCUACCAGCUUUGGAUCAGCGGGGACGACUCCCUUGAGUUACGACUUCCAUACCCACAGUCUCCCUCCUAUACCCAACCAUUUUUCUUUCCCUACGCCCACCUACCACCCGAUUCCCGCCCCACCUCCUAGCGUAUGGCCCACCACUCCCAUAGCACCGCACCAAUGGACACCCGACACGUGGGAAAGGUCGCCAGCAGGUUUGGCACCACAACUUCCACCUAAAUGGUCUUCAUCCAAUGAAGAAAAACACUCGCACGGCAAGAAUAAAGAACGGGAUUGGAGGGACAGGGAGCGCGACAAAGACAGGGAGAAGGACCGAGAUAAGAAAAGGGAUAGUGGGAGGAAUAAAAAGGAGAAGGAGAAAGAAAAGGAAAAGGUUGAAGAUGAAAACAAACCUUUGGAUUUGGAUACUAGAAUAGCUCUGUUACUCAAAGAAAAGGGUUCCGGAGGAAUGGCGCCGCCAUUUUUGAAUUUCGGUGCCGACUCGGACGACGAUUCUAAAGCAUCCGAUAAAUUAUUGAAGCAAGUUCCUAUUUCGACGUCUUUAGAUAGCGACGAUGAUGACAGAUCCAGUAUUUCAUUGAGCGAUAUGCCUAUCAAUCCUCCCGCACCUGAUAUGGACUUUGAUUUUCCACAAGACGAGGAAACUCUGCCGUUGUCAGAUCCGCCAUCGCCAUUUUUAUCCAAGGAAAUUUAUUUGGAUUGCCAUCGGCUGGCUUUGGAACAUGCCGUGGUAGCAAGGCAGAGAGAAGCAUUGGAAACGUCCGCGCUUCUUAAGAAAGUCCACAUAGAAAUGAGUAAAAUCGGUAGUGACAUCUCUUCGAGCGAAGAUGAACUACUUACAGGAGAAAGGAUGCAAAACAACUACAGUCCUAUCGAUAGGAUGGAUCUCAGGAAUGAAUUCAAAAUGGAAAAAGACGACGAUCAGAUGAGCUUGUCGUCGCUAAGCAGUAAUGAAAAAAUCGAAGAAUCUAAACCGGAACCGCCACCGUUACCACCAAAUCCCCCCACCGCUGCGCCACCCCCUUUACCGCCUGUACCUGGGAUCUACCCGCCACCUCAUUUUUCGACAGGCAUCCCACCACCUUAUGCUGGAUUCCCAGGACCUCACUAUGCAACACCUUUCCCACCUCAACAUUUCCCCCCGCCUCCUUACGGUCAUCAAGACUGGCGACAAGCAUACCCCUAUGGCCACCAAGUGUUCUUGCCCCACAUACCACAUUUCCCUCAAUUUCCCCAACUCCACCCUUCACAACAAUUCAACCCAUACCAAAUGCCACCCAAGAAACCCGAAAAUAAUAAGGACGACCCCCACGCCACUACCAUCAACUCUGUGAUACAACAAGUUACCCAGGAGUUGAAGAAUAUACUCAAGAGGGAUUUCAACAAGAAGAUGGUCGAGUCAACGGCUUUUAAUAAGUUUGAAUCCUGGUGGGAAGAGGAAAGCUCCAAAGAAAACAAAGUCAAAGAUAAAGAGGAACUUUUGGUAGAUAAACAGAGCAUAUCCAAAGACAACAUUAACAUUCUUUUGGAAUCAAAUCGAGAGAACCUGUACAGCAACAUCAACCUGGAUUCACCCUUGGGCGUGGGUCUCGGUCUUAAGGCGUCUUUACCCAAGAUGCCCAGUUUUAGGCGGAAAAAGAUUCCAUCACCUGUACCUGAAGAUGAGGACGGUCAAAAAAUUUCCGAUAGUGAAGAAAUUAUUCAUGAUUCUGAUUCUGACGUUAACAGGUCAGCUAGGAGGGAACGAAAGACUUCAAUAAGCAGCAUGAGCAGUUCAUCCAGCUCAUUCACAUCUUCGAGCGAUAGCGACAGUUCUGAUGAAAGUUCUACGGAAUCUGAAACAGAAACGGAAGUUAAGCUAAUCAACAGAAGCCUAACGCCGCCAGCGGUGGCGGAAAAGACUCCUCCGCCGGUAGAAGAAAUUUGCGAGAAGGAAGAACCACAUACUGUUAGCGAAUCUAUAGAAUCAAUGGAGGAGAGCAAUUCGCCUCUUAGAGAUGGCAUUGAAGCGAGAAAUAAGACCCCUGAACCUAUGCAGAUCGAUUCCGACGACCUGGCAGCUCCUAAACAACCCCAAAAACCACAAAACCUCUCUAGUUUACAAUAUGAUAGCGAUAGUGAUAUGAGCGAUACUGAAAGACUAAUUUUCGAAAGGAGACGGUUAAACACCGAGUAUAUGGAACAAAUUGAAAGAGAGAAACAGGAGCGGUUGGCGCGAGAGGUGAAAGUAGUGAAGGAAGAUCAAGACAGGAAGAAAACGAUCACUGAAGAAUCUAUGAUCAAAACUGAAGCGGACGUUGAGGAUGUAAUGGACAAAUCCCUGGAGGAACUUGAAGCAGAACGCGACGCUCUUCUUCAGCAAGUGCGUAAUCCUGAACCUCCAACAAUCGUGGAUGUUACGCAGAUUACUAAAGAGAGAUUAGAAGAUGUGAAAGAAAAGUUAAUCAAGAGCGAUUCUGAUGAAGAAACGUUAGAAACAAGGAAGAAAAAGAAAACAAAGAAGAGGCAAGACUUGAACGGUGAUGUGGUUGUAGUUAAAAGAAUGUCAGAAAGUUCAACGGGAGGAAGUAGUCCAAAUAGUCAGGUGGUUAAUGAACACUCGUACUGUAUGCCACGUCCAGAAAAAGAAAACAUCGAUCAACAACCCCAAGUGCAACAAGAUACCUUUAACACUGCUCUCAAGGAUCAUGAAUACCUUCAAAAAGACCAGCGGGUGGAGAAAGUCAAAAAAGAAAAACCACCCAAACAGGUCAAACCCAGGAAGCAAAAGGAGCACAAGAAAUUGCAGGAACUGCAGAACAAACUCCAUUACGAAAAUCAAUUUAGUUGGAAGAAGUCUCAGGAACCUUAUAAUAUGCACAGCGGGAUUUUGCAUAAAGUUCGAGACCAGAGGUCCGAGUUUGCUGUACUUUAUGAGUUCCUAACAAAGGGAAUAGACAAAGAAGACAUAGAGUACAUAAAAAAAUCCUACGAGGAAAUGCUCUCGAACGACACCAUGGGCUAUUGGUUGAACGACACUCAUUGGGUCGAUCACUGUUUAACGGAUCUCUAUUCUAGUCCUCCGAAAAAACGGAAAAAAGAUGAACGGCUGCACGCCAGCGGUAGCGCUAGGACCGAAGGUUAUUACAAAUUAUCGGCGCACGAAAAGUCUAGGUACAAAUAUCACCACGCCAAAGCGCAUGCUAUUACUAUGGCGAAUGCUUCUGCAGCUAAAAAUCAAGGUUUAUCUCGGGAAGCAAGAUCUAACCAGCGACGUUUACUUACCGCCUUUGGUGGCGAUACGGAUUCUGAUUUACUGAAAUUCAACCAACUCAAAUUUAGGAAAAAACAACUCAAAUUCGCCAAAUCGGCCAUUCACGAUUGGGGUCUGUUCGCGAUGGAACCAAUUGCUGCAGACGAAAUGGUGAUUGAAUAUGUAGGUCAGAUGGUACGACACAGCGUGGCAGAUCUCAGAGAACAGAAAUACGAGGCUACGGGCAUUGGAAGUUCGUACUUGUUUAGGAUAGAUCUAGAAAAUAUUAUAGAUGCCACUAAAUGCGGGAACUUGGCCAGGUUUAUCAACCACAGCUGCAAUCCUAAUUGCUACGCAAAAGUGAUAACGAUAGAAUCACGCAAGAAAAUUGUGAUAUAUUCCAAACAGAGCAUAGGCGUUAACGAGGAAAUCACCUAUGACUACAAAUUCCCCAUAGAAGAUGAGAAAAUACCAUGUUUGUGUGGAGCGCCGCAAUGUAGGGGCACUCUGAACUAAAAGACAAUCUGGAAGAAAAGUGCGGUAUUAUUUGUGUAUUGGAAGGAUAAACAUUUUUAGAAAAUAAGAGUGUAUAGUAAAGGAAGAAUAUUUGUGGACUUUUAAAUUAAGUUUUUUUUUUUAUUUGUACAUAUAUAUACCUGUAAAUAGUAAUGAUAAUUAUUGUUAAUAUUGUUUUUAAAUGAAAAUUCUGAAGGAGAGAAUAUAAAAAUGUAUGUAAUCUGUGUUUUUUUACUGAUUUCCCUUACUUAAUCCUUUUGGAAAUAACAACUACUUCAAGUAUAAACAAAUAAUUUAAUAUCAUGCAAAAAUUGUUAUAAAACUUAAGUACUAAAAAGAUAAUACAUGUAUGUAUUACAUUAUACCCUAAUGUCAUUCAUUCUUUGCCCUCUGUUAUGGUUUUUGUAAGAUGUUGCAUAUCUAGUUGUGCCUGUGCAAUAUCGCUGAGAGCAGCUUGGAUUUUUUCAAGCAAUUCUUGACCAUUUCUGACAAUUGCUUCAAGCCUUUCAGCAGCUUCUUGGUUUUCUUGUUCCAAUAUUCUCAAACUUUGCAACUAAAAAGCAAUACUUAUAAAUCUGAGAU